GUUUACUUGUCAAAAGCAGUCAGUGAAACUAACGCAAAAUGUCCUGCAGUGCAGUGGCCAGGAAACAGGAUCUGCCUCCUCCGGGGGGCUACAAGCCCAUCCCCUUCAAGAGGAUCCCGGCCAAGCAAUUCUUCAGCGGAUAUGCCAUGUUUGCUGGCUUCAUCGGCAUGACCACCGGCGCCUUAUACCUGCACUACCUGAACUACAAGUGGGUGAAGAAGCACGAGAUUGAGAUGCGCUCAGCCAAGAUGGCCAUCUACCCGAUGCUGCUCGCCGAGCGGGACCGCGAGUACUUGAAGCAGCUCCGGAGGAACAGGGAUGCAGAGGCGGAGCUGAUGAAGGAUGUGCCUGGAUGGGAGGUCGGGACUUACUAUGGCGAGAAGGUAUACAAGCUCCUGCCCCCGGACACGCUCGUAGAACCCAUCUUCCACGAGUACUACGUCCACACGGACCCCAUCGCGUGGUACCAGCGUGCCUACAUCAAGCUAAUGAGCUAAACGGACCACUGUUCACAUGAGGGACUAUAGGCCAAUUAGAUCCACACUUGCUAUCGGGCCUGAGUAAAAAUAGUUUUCCGUUUCACAGAAUAUCAGGACAGAUUUAAAUUCUUUAACAAAUUUGACAUCGACAUUAAAGCCUGGGGAAGGACCCCCGACAGGCCCGAAACAUGUCGCCAAUAGCGAUUAAAAAUUCAAGUGAGUGAAACCGUUGUUGUAUAUUUGACAUGUAAAAAUACUUUGUCUCCAAUUGUCAAAAAUGUUCAAUGUUUGAUAUUUUUGCAUAAGAACCAUUUUUUUACAUUUCAAAUAUUGUUAAGAUGAUGGGCCAGACGGGCCUGUUUACAAGUGUGGAUGUAAUAGGCUCAUAUGGACUGAAAUAUGUUGCCUUUAAGAUCUGUUUUUAUAACCCAGGGGGCAAAAUGCUACAGCACAAAAUGAAAAUUGAAAUUUCGUUAUAAGCCUCUAUCACUCUUGACUAUUCCAGCGAUGUAGGCAGAUAAAAAAAAUUUCAAUGCUCAUUUUUCGCGGUACUAAAAUGACAGUUUGAUUUUUUUUAUACCACGUUAGUGAGAAACAAGCAUACGGCGAUGAUAAAGAUCACCGUAGCCUAUAAACGCCUGCAGCUUCACGGGUGUGCGCUAUGUUAACCCUUUUUUGAAGUCCUGACUGCCCCUCGAGAAAACCUCGGCCGGACUAGCACAUGAUUGGCGCGACAUUAUCUCGCGGCGAGAUAGACUACCCGUCCCUCUUUUGUUAACAUAGUUAGAAAAACAAUACAAACCUCACGGGACAACGGGUAGUCUAUUUUGCCGCGAGACACUGUCGCGCCAAUCUUGUGCUUGGCUUAAUGGAACUCAUUCCACAGCCGGAGUGUCUGCGGGGGGUAAUUCUCAAUUUGUCAUGUCAAAUUUGUAAAAUCCAAACUAUGGGCUACAUAUAACACUUUAACCUCUGGCGUUUUGUACACAUAUUUAAUUACACAAACCGCCUAGCGUUAGUCUUUCCACCACAGCUGGUGCAACUCAGCUGAAACGUCGGAAUUAAAGGUAAAAACAAUGAAAUUAUAUUGCGGUAGACCCGUUUGUGUAAUUAAACUAUGGGCUAUUUGGGAUAUUAAAAACAGAGCUUAAUAACAUAACUAUUCUAAAGAUAUAAUUUAAUCCUGGUCCAUGUUAUAUCUGAGAGUGUUGGAGUUAGUUCAAAUGAAUGGGGAUGUAGAUUGACUGCCACUGAUUUCCGUUUAUAAAAUUAUUUUAUUUUAGCUGUUAAUUUACAAAUAAAUCAAUAUAAGCAGU